GUAACCACUAUACGCUGCACUUAUUCCAUUUCCGUGGGCUGGGUCAGAGAAAAGUUCAAGCAUCUCAGAAAAGUUUAUCUGUCGCUCGACAUUUUUCGAUUUUCUUCUUCAAUCUGCAUCACUGCAAUGUAUCAAGCUACUGUCGUUUCUCUAUUUCUGUUGGUGUGUGUGUCCCUGGGCAAGGACUGCAACCAGAAGUUCCGGGGGUGUAAGAUCGACUACAGCCAGAGGGAGUGCCUGAGUGGGGAGGCAGUGGGCUGCAAGAACCCCUUCCCCUACAGCACCCUGGAGGAGUGUCAGAAGGACUUCAAUGGUCAUUUGAACAUCUGUGAAAACCUCCAGCCCUGUGAAAAUGAUGGAGAGUGUCUCCAGGUGCAAAGCAUGGAUAGUGACAACCAGCGCCAGCGUGGCUACAAGUGUGACUGCCAUGGUACAGGCUUCUAUGGACACCGGUGUGAACACAAAUGUUCCAAACAUCUCUCCAGAGACAACCUACUCACUGAAGCCUGCCUCUUCUGAGGUGAACUCAUUCUGACGCCUAGCCUAUCACACCAGUGCCAACUGCAUGCAUAGCGUAACCAUGGUAAUUCACAUCCAUUCAGUAACUAUGGAAACUGUUUUGCUUAAUAAGAAAAUUAAGAUUUAAGUUUAGAAACUAUUUAUUUUGUUUUUGUAGCCUGAUACUUUCUUCCACGAUAAAUGAGAUUAUUUUAGGUCCCUGUGACUUGAGAAGAUUUUGUGAUAACUACAAAUAUAUUAAUGAUAGUAUGUAAAACUGUUAUGUUCACAUUACAAUUUUAUUCCAUUGAGGUUGCUGAAGAGAUAUCUCGGAGAUACCGUGGUAUAUGAUACUGUUGAUUAGACAAUUCUAAUGGAGAAAAGACACUCUUCCAGACAUGUUAAGUUUACUUGCAAGUACUGCAAAAAUAUUGACCAUGUGGAAGCAUUCAUGGCCCACAACUGACUCAUUAGUAGAUUGUCAUCCAAUUUUGUCAGAAACUUGAGAUGAGGUGCAUUUUAUUUUUCCUAUUUGAUUUUGUUUAUAACAUGUAUAAACAAUCUGUUCAAGGCAUCUAUAAAUAACUGUUCAAAGCGUCUAUAAACAAACUGUUCAAGGCAUCUAUAAACAAACUGUUCAAGGCAUCUAUAAACAAACUGUUCAAGGCAUCUAUAAACAAACUGUUCAAAGCGUCUAUAGACAAACUGUUCAAGGCAUCUAUAAACAAACUGUUCAAGGCAUCUAUAAACAAACUGUUCAAGGCAUCUAUAAACAAACUGUUCAAGGCAUCUAUAAACAAACUGUUCAAGGCAUCUAUAGACAAACUGUUCAAGGCAUCUAUAAACAAACUGUUCAAAGUCUAUAGACAAACUGUUCAAGGCAUCUAUAAACAAACUGUUCAAGGCAUCUAUAAACAAACUGUUCAAGGCAUCUAUAAACAAACUGUUCAAGGCAUCUUUAAACAAACUGUUCAAGGCAUCUAUAAACAAACUGUUCAAGGCAUCUAUAAACAAACUGUUCAAGGCAUCUUUAAACAAACUGUUCAAAGCGUCUAUAAACAAACUGUUCAAGGCCUCAUAAACAAACUUCAAGUGUAUACAUGGAGCAUGUAUUGUAUUUAUCAUUCUAUACUCAACAUGAUAAAGGUCAAGGGCACAUAUUGAGAGUCACUGGGUGGGCAGUUAUUUAGAACUACCUUUUCCAUUUGUGUUAAGUUAGUCAAGCUGCAGAUUACUAAUUUAAGAUUAAAAAAUAAUAGAAAUACAGACAUGAAGCAAGUCUGGUGAUGUUAUUUAUUAGGAUCACCUGAAAAAGUAUGUUUAUUGAAUAAGUGUGUUUUAGUUUCUGUAUGAAAAGUUUUUAAAGUGACAAUCCAUUUGUUUAAAUUUUUAAACUGAAAAUUAAGUUGUAGUAUGCAUUGAUUAUUGGCAAGUAUUUAUAUAAGGGAUGUCAUACAUUUCCAGCAAAGAAAUAGCUCUUGAGCUCAUUUAUGUCAGUCAGAUGUUUAAUAUCACAUUAGAUCAAACUUAGUUUAAAUUAUAUUUAUAACAUAUUUUUACAAUUUGAUAUUUUCUGAUACCAAAAUUAUAUUUUAUGUUGAAACAGUUCCAUUCAGAUGUAUUAACUAUUUCUAGUUUUAAGCAGGCCAUGCCAAAGAAUACUUAUUCCAUUCCACACAGUUUACAUACUCAGGAUGUAAGAUUGUGAUUGUCUAUAGGACUCAGACUUAAUACUACCACUACCUUUCAACAUUUCAUAUGUAGAAGCCAAAUCUAUUUUUUAAUAUGCAAGUUAUUUGAAUUCUUUGUUUGUAUGUAACUUACCAAUCUUUUCAUUCUUGAGAUCUGUUUAGACAAGUUUGGUUCUGAAGACACCAAGGAUUGUGUACCUGAGUUUUCUCGUCCAGUAAGAUACAUUUUGUACCUGGACGUUGUAUGUGCUGCUCUGCUGUCUCUCUCCAUCCUCCACUUGUCACUAAUACACAGUAACGAUUCACACCUUCAUAACAAUCUACUCAAAUCUGAUGCUGAUUUUGCACUGGCCUUCACAAGUUCUGUCUGACAUGUUGCACGUUUUAUUUGAACAUUUUAUUCCCCCGUGUUCCCAAACCAUUUACCAAAAUAAAUACAGCCAAAUUUCCUUGAGAAAUGUAUUAUUGUGAGAGUUCAGUUAAGAAACAUUAUGGGUCAAGUUUACUGCCUUGGACAAUAAUAGCUACAGCAUUGGAGGAAGUAAAUUUGUCCCCACAAUAUUCUGUAAUUUGCACUCUGACAGAUCAUGUGAAGACCAAUGCAAAGUCAGCAUUAGAUGUUAGUAGAACGGUGUUAAGGCAAGAAUUAGCUAUGCAUUAGCAACCAGUAUGUAUUAGCAACAGCGGAUGUUGGAUAGUAAAAACAAAGCUGUACAUUGCUACAAUCUUGCUGCUACCCUUUUCCCCUGGCCACGUAACUUUGAGGGUUUGAAAUUAGGGAGCUGGUGGGGGGAGGUCCUUGAGUUAUGCUGCAGUGGUAUGUAAAUCAGGUGCCCUAGAUUUGUAAUGUUGUAAUGGUCAAGGACACCGUGACUUUCAUGCUUAACUUCCUUGUUAGCUGUUGAUAUCAGUUGUAAUAGACACAAACCAGGGUAAGGUUGAGAGUUUUUUCUAUGGUUGUCUGUUUUGGAAUGAUUGAACAUAUAUGUGUAUUUCAAUAAUACAAUGAUAUUUUAAGGUCACUGAAGUCCAGUAGGAUGUUUUUAAGAGGGUUGUUACUGGUAUGAUUGCAAAUGUACCUGAGCAGGUAGAUAGUUGUGGUGUACCUGGUAAUGAAUUUGGUUUUAUUAGCCCUACAAUGUUACACAGGUAUUGUGAAAUACUUAAAGAAUAUAAGUAAUUGCAUUUACAAUUCCAUAUAACAUUACUGUUAGUUUUACAUUGGAGGAAUUUUAUUGUUUUUAAUUCCUAUUUGUUGUGAAUAAUCUAUUCUUAUAUUUGUACGCAUGUUAUAUAUCCUAGAUUGUACCUAGUGGCAUUUACAUUGUUUACACUUGGCUAUGGCUCAUAGAUGAUAAACCUUUUGUUGUUAUCAAGUUUUUAUAUUGCCUUUUUUAUUAUUCCAUAUAAACAGUGUAUGUUAUGAUUUUUGUAUUUUUGAUGAAAUAAUAAAUAAUUUAUCA